UUCCAGCAAAGGACACCCAUCCCUGCAUGUGGCGAUGGAACCACGCGCCGAUCUACGGCGUAAUCCUCGUCGCCCUUAACGUACUUGGACUCGUUUACGGCCAAGGGCAAGAUUUCCGCUACAAAGAGAAUGCCAAGCAGUACAUGAUGGCGGACAACGUGACGCCGCUGGAGCGCCGCCUAGGCACACACUUGCCAGCGUUGCAACUGGUGUCGGUGCACACGAGUCCCGAAGCCGAACGAGUGCGCGUGCUGUGCUGGGUGAAUACUUUCAACGCGACGCACGACCGAGCACGCGCCAUCAAAGCCACGUGGGGUCGUCGCUGCAACAAGCUGCUCUUCAUGAGCAACGUCGAGGACGCGACCAUCCCGACCGUGCGCGUCGUGGCGCCGCCGACACACGAGCACUUGUGGCAAAAACAUCGCUUCGCGCUGCGCCUGCUCAGUCGGGAAUUCGACGCGGCGUCGUUCGAUUGGAUUCUCAAGUGCGACGACGACUCGUAUGUUAUCAUUGACAACUUGAAGUCGUUGCUGGCACGUCACGCGGGCACUCCGUCGGAACCGGUGCUGCUGGGCCACAGGAUGACGCUGCAGCCUUGGAUCAUGCAUCACGCAUUUGGAGACAAGCAACACAUGCCCCUGGACUAUAGGUACUUCCUUGGACAAGUGACCAAGGCCACGAAAGAACAAGGGGGGCUGUACUACACCCCUGGAGGCGGCGGGUACGCGUUUAACGCUGCGUACUUGUCCGCCAUCACUCAGGUCCUCGACGAGCCGUUCUGCAUCCCCAAUGCAGUCGUGCCGGACGACUGGGCCGUGUCGUUUUGCAUGCUGCAUCUACAGGUCGUGCCCCAAGACACCCGCGACGGCGUCGGGCGCGAGCGGUUCCACCAGUACUCGCCCGAGCAAGUUUAUUACUGGCCCAAUGACACGGACGUACUCGACCGUCAGAACUGGCACUCGGACCAUGUUGGGAUUGGGUGGAAGAACGGCUCCGAGUGCUGCGCCGCGGACUCUGUCACGUUUCACUACGUUCACGACAUGGCGUUGGUCGAAGCGUACUUGUACAACACAUAAUAACAAUUGACGAAAUCAAAGACAUAUAUAUUGACA